GCCGCAGGCCCGCCAUGGCCGCGUCCGAGCUCUACACAAAGUUUGCCAGGGUGUGGAUACCUGAUCCUGAGGAAGUUUGGAAGUCAGCAGAGCUGCUCAAAGAUUAUAAGCCAGGAGAUAAAGUCCUCCUGCUUCACCUUGAGGAAGGAGAGGAUUUGGAGUAUCGUCUAGAUCCAAAGACCAAGGAACUGCCUCACUUAAGAAACCCUGACAUACUUGUGGGUGAAAAUGACCUCACAGCCCUCAGCUAUCUUCAUGAGCCUGCUGUGCUCCAUAACCUCAGAGUCCGCUUUAUUGAUUCCAAACUUAUCUAUACAUAUUGUGGUAUAGUCCUAGUAGCUAUAAAUCCUUAUGAACAGUUGCCUAUUUAUGGAGAAGAUAUUAUUAAUGCAUACAGUGGUCAGAACAUGGGUGAUAUGGAUCCACAUAUCUUUGCAGUAGCUGAAGAGGCUUACAAGCAAAUGGCCAGAGAUGAACGGAAUCAGUCCAUCAUUGUAAGUGGAGAGUCUGGGGCAGGAAAAACAGUCUCCGCUAAGUAUGCCAUGCGAUACUUUGCAACUGUAAGUGGUUCUGCCAGUGAAGCCAAUGUUGAGGAAAAGGUCUUGGCCUCCAACCCCAUCAUGGAGUCAAUUGGAAAUGCUAAGACAACCAGGAAUGAUAAUAGCAGCCGUUUUGGGAAGUAUAUUGAGAUUGGUUUUGAUAAGAGAUAUCGAAUAAUUGGUGCCAAUAUGAGAACUUACCUUUUAGAGAAAUCCCGAGUGGUAUUCCAGGCAGAAGAGGAAAGAAACUAUCAUAUCUUCUAUCAGCUUUGUGCCUCAGCCAAGUUACCUGAAUUUAAGAUGCUGCGAUUAGGAAAUGCAAAUAAUUUUCAUUACACGAAGCAAGGUGGCAGUCCUGUGAUUGAAGGAAUCGAUGAUGCCAAGGAGAUGGCACAUACCAGGCAAGCCUGCACUUUGCUAGGAAUUAGUGAAUCUUAUCAGAUGGGAAUUUUCCGAAUACUUGCUGGCAUUCUUCACUUAGGUAACGUUGGAUUUACAUCUCGAGAUUCAGACAGCUGCACAAUACCUCCCAAGCAUGAACCUCUCAGUAUCUUCUGUGACCUCAUGGGUGUGGGCUAUGAGGAGAUGUGUCACUGGCUCUGCCAUCGGAAGCUGGCCACUGCCACGGAGACAUACAUCAAGCCCAUCUCCAAGCUGCAGGCCACAAAUGCCCGAGAUGCUUUGGCCAAGCACAUCUAUGCCAAGCUCUUUAACUGGAUUGUAGAUCAUGUCAAUCAGGCUCUCCAUUCUGCUGUCAAACAGCACUCUUUUAUUGGCGUGCUGGACAUUUAUGGAUUUGAAACAUUUGAAAUAAAUAGUUUUGAACAGUUUUGCAUAAAUUAUGCAAAUGAAAAACUACAACAACAAUUCAAUCUGCAUGUCUUCAAAUUAGAACAAGAGGAAUAUAUGAAGGAACAAAUUCCAUGGACGCUCAUAGAUUUUUAUGAUAAUCAGCCUUGCAUUAAUCUUAUAGAAUCUAAACUGGGCAUUCUAGAUUUGCUGGAUGAGGAAUGCAGAAUGCCUAAAGGUACAGAUGACACUUGGGCCCAAAAGUUGUACAACACACAUUUGAACAAAUGUGCACUCUUUGAAAAGCCCCGUCUAUCAAACAAAGCUUUCAUUAUUCAACAUUUUGCUGACAAAGUGGAAUACCAGUGUGAAGGCUUUCUGGAAAAGAAUAAAGAUACUGUUUUUGAAGAACAAAUUAAAGUUCUUAAAUCAAGCAAGUUUAAGAUGCUACCAGAAUUGUUUCAAGACGAUGAGAAGACCAUCAGUCCAACCUCAGCCACCUCUUCAGGGCGCACACCCCUCACCCGUAUUCCUGCAAAGCCUACCAAAGGUAGACCAGGCCAGACAGCCAAAGAGCACAAGAAAACAGUGGGGCACCAGUUCCGAAAUUCCCUUCACCUGCUUAUGGAGACUCUCAAUGCCACUACUCCUCACUAUGUGCGCUGUAUUAAGCCUAAUGAUUUCAAGUUCCCAUUCACGUUUGAUGAGAAGCGGGCUGUGCAGCAGCUGAGAGCAUGUGGUGUCCUGGAAACCAUCCGAAUCAGUGCAGCUGGUUUCCCCUCACGGUGGACUUACCAAGAAUUUUUCAGCCGCUACCGUGUCCUAAUGAAGCAAAAAGAUGUGCUGAGUGACAAAAAGCAAACAUGCAAGAAUGUUUUAGAGAAACUGAUCUCGGACAAGGACAAAUACCAGUUUGGUAAGACAAAGAUCUUUUUCCGUGCUGGUCAAGUGGCCUAUCUAGAAAAAUUGAGGGCAGACAAGCUGAGGGCUGCCUGCAUUCGGAUCCAGAAGACAAUCCGAGGGUGGCUGCUGCGGAAGAAGUACCUGCGCAUGCGGAAGGCGGCCAUUACUGUGCAGAGAUAUGUGCGAGGCUACCAGGCCCGAUGCUAUGCUAAGUUCCUGCGCAGAACCAAGGCAGCAACCAUCAUUCAGAAGUACUGGCGCAUGUAUGUAGUCCACAGGAAGUACAAAAUUAAACGAGCUGCCACUAUUGUUCUUCAGUCUUAUUUGCGAGGCUACUUGGCCAGAAAUAGGUAUCGCAAGAUACGCUGUGAGCACAAAGCAGUCAUCAUUCAGAAGUGGGUCCGAGGCUGGCUGGCUCGCACCUACUAUAAGAGGAGCAUGCAUGCCAUCAUCUACCUUCAGUGCUGCUUCCGGCGGAUGAUGGCCAAGCGCGAGCUGAAGAAGCUCAAGAUUGAGGCCCGCUCCGUGGAGCGUUAUAAGAAACUGCACAUCGGCAUGGAGAACAAGAUCAUGCAACUGCAGCGAAAAGUUGAUGAGCAGAACAAAGACUACAAAUGCCUCAUGGAGAAAUUGACUAAUUUGGAAGGAAUAUACAACUCUGAGACUGAGAAACUACGAAGUGACUUAGAACGUCUUCAACUAAGUGAGGAAGAGGCUAAGGUUGCCACUGGACGGGUUCUCAGUCUACAGGAAGAAGUUGCUAAGCUCCGGAAAGACCUGGAACAAACUCAGUCAGAGAAAAAAUCCAUUGAAGAACGUGCAGAUAGAUACAAACAAGAAACUGAGCAGGUGGUAUCAAUUCUGAAGGAAGAAAAUACUUUGCUGAAGCAGGAAAAGGAUACCCUCAAUCACCUUAUCGUGGAACAGGCUAAGGAGAUGACAGAGACUAUGGAGAAGAAGUUAGUAGAAGAAACGAAACAACUGGAACUUGAUCUUAAUGAUGAAAGACUGAGAUAUCAGAACCUUCUGAAUGAGUUUAGUCGCUUAGAAGAACGAUAUGAUGACCUCAAGGAGGAGAUGACUCUGAUGGUGAAUGUACCUAAGCCUGGACACAAGAGAACAGACUCUACCCACAGCAGCAAUGAAUCUGAAUACACUUUCAGCUCUGAAAUUGCAGAAACUGAAGACAUUCCAUUGAGGACAGAGGAGCCAAGUGAGAAGAAGGUACCUCUGGACAUGUCGUUGUUCCUCAAGCUCCAGAAGCGGGUCACAGAGCUGGAGCAGGAGAAGCAGGUGAUGCAGGAUGAGCUGGACCGUAAGGAGGAGCAGGUGCUCCGCAGCAAGGCAAAGGAAGAAGAACGACCACAAAUUAGAGGUGCAGAGCUGGAAUAUGAGUCACUCAAGCGUCAAGAACUAGAAUCAGAAAACAAAAAACUGAAAAAUGAGCUAAAUGAGUUACGAAAGGCCCUUAGUGAGAAAAGUGCCCCAGAGGUGACUGCUCCAGGCGCACCAGCAUACCGUGUCCUCAUGGAGCAGCUAACCUCUGUGAGUGAGGAGCUGGAUGUCCGCAAGGAGGAGGUCCUCAUCUUGAGGUCUCAGCUGGUGAGCCAGAAAGAGGCCAUCCAACCCAAGGAUGACAAGAAUACAAUGACGGAUUCCACAGUACUUUUGGAAGAUGUACAAAAAAUGAAAGAUAAAGGUGAAAUAGCACAAGCGUACAUUGGUCUGAAAGAAACAAACAGACCAUCUGCUAUGGAUUGCCAUGAGUUGAAUGAGGAUGGAGAGCUGUGGCUGGUUUAUGAAGGGUUAAAACAAGCCAACAGGCUCCUGGAAUCCCAGCUCCAGUCACAGAAGAGGAGCCAUGAGAACGAGGCUGAAGCCCUGCGAGGGGAGAUCCAGAGCCUGAAGGAAGAGAACAACCGGCAGCAGCAGCUGCUGGCACAGAACCUGCAGCUGCCCCCCGAGGCCCGCAUCGAGGCCAGCCUGCAGCACGAGAUCACCCGGCUGACCAACGAAAACUUGUAUUUUGAGGAAUUAUAUGCAGAUGACCCUAAGAAGUAUCAAUCUUAUCGGAUUUCACUUUACAAACGGAUGAUUGAUUUGAUGGAACAACUUGAAAAACAAGAUAAGACUGUCCGGAAACUGAAAAAACAACUGAAAGUAUUUGCCAAAAAAAUUGGUGAACUAGAAGUGGGCCAGAUGGAGAACAUAUCCCCAGGACAGAUCAUUGACGAACCCAUCCGUCCAGUCAACAUUCCCAGGAAAGAAAAGGAUUUCCAAGGAAUGCUGGAAUACAAGAAGGAGGAUGAGCAAAAACUUGUUAAGAACCUGAUUCUAGAACUGAAGCCACGUGGUGUAGCAGUCAAUUUGAUUCCAGGGUUACCAGCAUAUAUCCUGUUCAUGUGUGUUCGACAUGCCGACUACCUGAAUGAUGAUCAGAAAGUGAGGUCACUGCUAACAUCGACAAUUAACAGCAUCAAAAAAGUAUUAAAGAAAAGAGGUGACGAUUUCGAAGCUGUUUCCUUCUGGCUCUCCAACACCUGCCGGUUUUUGCACUGUUUGAAGCAGUACAGCGGGGAGGAGGGCUUUAUGAAGCACAACACAUCUCGCCAGAACGAACACUGCCUCACCAACUUCGACCUGGCUGAGUACCGGCAGGUGCUGAGUGACCUGGCCAUUCAGAUCUACCAGCAGCUCGUGCGGGUGUUAGAGAACAUCCUGCAGCCCAUGAUCGUCUCAGGCAUGCUGGAGCACGAGACCAUUCAGGGUGUGUCCGGGGUGAAGCCCACAGGGCUGAGGAAGCGGACCUCCAGCAUCGCAGAUGAGGGCACCUACACACUGGACUCCAUUCUCCGGCAGCUCAACUCCUUCCACUCGGUCAUGUGUCAACAUGGCAUGGACCCCGAACUGAUCAAGCAGGUGGUCAAGCAGAUGUUCUACAUCGUGGGGGCCAUCACACUGAACAACCUCCUCCUGAGGAAGGACAUGUGCUCCUGGAGCAAAGGCAUGCAGAUCAGGUACAAUGUCAGUCAGCUGGAAGAGUGGCUGCGUGACAAGAAUCUGAUGAACAGUGGGGCUAAAGAAACCCUGGAACCUCUCAUUCAGGCUGCUCAGCUUUUGCAAGUGAAAAAGAAAACAGAUGAUGAUGCAGAAGCCAUUUGCUCCAUGUGCAACGCUUUGACUACUGCCCAGAUCGUCAAAGUACUGAAUUUGUAUACGCCAGUUAAUGAGUUUGAAGAGAGAGUCUCUGUGUCAUUUAUUCGUACUAUACAGAUGCGUUUACGAGACAGGAAGGACUCUCCUCAGCUGCUCAUGGAUGCUAAGCACAUCUUUCCCGUCACCUUCCCUUUCAAUCCGUCCUCCCUCGCGCUGGAGACCAUCCAGAUCCCCGCCAGCCUGGGCCUGGGCUUCAUAUCCCGGGUCUGAACAUGAUGCCAGGCAAACAGGGCUGACACACUUCUUGCCUGAAAUAAGAACCUAUUAUUUCCAGUCAGCAACUGAGAACACAUUUUUAAAGAAGAUGUGGUGAUUAUCUUCCAAACUAGAGGUUAUUAACUGGAAAUCUCCCCAGAGUACUUUCACCACCGUGGAGAGGACGUCACACUCCUUUGUGCUGUGUUCCCUUUUAGCAGUACUCACCCUGGUUAUUGGGUCCCCCGAGUUUACAUGCAGGUGAAUGACGGAAGGAGGGAAAAUGUGUCUUCAGCUGCCAGCAUUUAUUUUAAAUCCUUAGCACUGCAUCUAAACGGUAAAAGAAAACAAAUUCCAGAUAUGAGCUGUUUUUAGGACGGUACCAACAGAGAACCUCCUGUGUGUAACCAGAGGAAAAAAUGCUGUUGAGUACAUAUCAUGUCAGUUUAGGAAUCAACAUUGAUGUUGUCAAACUGGAUCAAAGAAAUAAACUGGCAGUAUGUAUAGGAGCUGGAAAAGUAACUCCCUUAUAUGUGUCAUUAUGACAUAGAGAUAUUAAGAGAAUGCUGGUUUGUUGUAUAGCAUAGAAGUCCAUUUGUACUGUAGUUUCCUGAGCAUUUUAAAUUGCUGCUACAUACUGUGUUCUUUAAAAUGCAAGCGCUAUUCUUGUUAGGCACUACAACAAUAAGCUUCUCUUUUAUCAACUCUGUUUACAGUUCAAGCAUAUCACAGUUUCAACUGGAUUGUGUGCAGAUAUCUACAGAUUCAGCUGCACAAGUAGCAGACACUGGGAAGUCAUGUAGUAAUAUGACAGAAUGUCUGACACUUAGGGGUAGGAUUAGACAGAAUGACAGUUGUUGAUGUCAUUAUUUAUUCAGGACAUAUUACAGUGAUGUGCCCAUUGUUUUUCCCUGGGUGGCUAUCACAACAGGGUACAGUGUUCUGUGACGUGACUUAUUUUUAGUUCCCAGAUCUGAUUCCUGCAGUGUAUAUAGUCAAUCUUAACAGGCUUUCUUCUUAAUUUAUUAAGAAUUAAUCUCAGUCACUAUCUAGAGAGCAUUGUCAGAAUAUUCAUGAUUCAGAUCUUGAAACCUUGAUUAUCUUAUAAAUUAUGCAAAAGAAGGUAUAUAAUGAAUACUUAUGAUUCCAUUUUUUAGGCUUUGCAACUUCUAUGAAUGUUCUCAGUACCACUAGAUACUUUAAAGAGCAUCAUGUUAGAAAUACUUGGACUUAUAUAAGAAAUAUAAGAAGAUUGCUGAAUUUUACAGAGGAUUUGGCUCGAUAAGACCCAGAUUCUAUGUUUUCUUUCUGAAAUUCUAAUUAAACAUAUUCUGCAUUUUUUCUUAGAAAACUUAUACAUAAAUCUUUCAGAUUGUGCAAACGCAAGUUCGUAGCUUUCUUAGAAGCUCUGGUUCUGCAUUACAAUCAUAGAUUUAUAUAAUUUAACUCCUAGAUGGUUUAUAAAAAUGACAUCUUAUUAAAAUAUGUGCAAUAUUAUUGGAAGUCAAACAGUUUCAAAUCAGUGAUAAAGAUUGCUAUUAAAAGAUAAAUACUGUCUGUUAACUUAUUUGGGCCUCACAUUCCUCUUUUAUAAAUAAGAGGGUUGGACAUCUGAUUUGUAAGAUUCCUUCCACAUCUAACGUCCUCUCUUCUCGGCGCCUGGAUCCUAGCUAGAGACAAGAGCUACAUACAGUUAAUCAGUAAGUGUGUCUUCUGGUGCAAAGAACAGCAGUUGGUGCCUGUUAAGUCUGAGGGAUUAAUAAGAAUAUCACAAGUCUGUGUAGCUAUAACCUUUCUUCAUGAUUUAUGUUCAUGCUUUUAGAAAGUUAAUUAGUUUAGGUAAUUUUUAUUCAGUCACAUACCAAUAUAUUCAAUUUGGAUACAUUUACUUGCAAAAUCAACCCAAGACACUACUAAUUCAAUCAGAUUAUCUCAGUUUUGCCAGUGUGGUUUUCAAUGAACAAUGCACUCAUGUCCAUUUGGUUAGUACCGAAUUUGUCAUAGUCUAAGAGCAUAGAUGGGACUCGGGUGGGGAGAUGCUGAGAACAAAAUGCCACCACGGUGUAGGCCAUCCACCUCAGAUCCCAAAUCCCUUAGGCCCUCUCUGACUUAGACAUGUAGCAUUUCUCACGUGACCCUCUACCUUGUCGAGCCUUCAAGAUGCGCCGUAGCCCCCCCGGCCACCACAGCCCCUUUCCACCCAGACAGCUUGUAUCCUGAAGGGUCUCUCGACCGGGCUUUGGAUCUCUCCUGACUGCUCUCCUUCUGCUGGAACUAGAGGCCCUCCUGCUCAGGACGGCCACACUGAGGGAUUCUGCUAUUUGAGAGCUUCAGCUGCCUCCAGGGCCCCAGGUGGGGUCUGGAUCAACUUCUCUUAGCAGCCUGAAGAGCUUGAGUCAUAACAAGAGUACCUUGCGGCCAGGGAACCCUCAGCCUAGUGAUGACUCCGUGUACUACUUGUGCACUACUUGAGGAUGCAGCAAUCCUCUGCUGACAGUGGGUGUCCUUUGGCCACUUUGAGGACCGCUCACCCGCCCUUCUGUCCACCCACGCCUCCCCGCGCAGCUUCAAACCCCUCAGGCAGCUUUCACCCACACGUGUCGUUCGCUCUUCCCCGUCCCUCCAGCAAAGGACCACCGCCUGCCUGCUCACCUGCUCUGACUGCGCUGAAGGCCGUGGGUGGAGUCGGUCCUCAGUUUCCCCAGGCCUGCCUGCUGGCUCACCUUCAGGCCAACCUUUGCACUCCUUGUUCUCACUUCUCUGUAGUACAUCCUUUAACAUCACCAACUUAUUUUUUUCUAAUUCGUCUAUGACACGCUAGAAAUUCAAAGAAAGAUCUUGAAAAAAUAGUUCAUUGUCUCAAUAGCCCCUUCCCCAUACUCUUCUCCCCACUCACCUGACACAGACUCAGCUCACACCUUGGAAUUCAAAGUUGAAAAGUUAGAAGCAGUUUCCCUUCUUGUAGCUUUUCUUAGGUUAAGGCUUGGAUCCGCCCGAGAGUAACUCUAAAGAUGGGACGAUGCAUGUGGCAUGAGGUCCACACUUUGUGGCUUCAUGGUUCCUUUGGAAGUUUUGAAAAAUCCCAUGUACCUGACACCUCUUUUGUAUAUAUUCUGAAGCCAGCUGGAAGGUUUGGGGAUGGGAUCAGUUGGUAUGAUUUGCUUUAUUUCAAUGGAUAAUUGAGAGUUGGCUCUUUCUGGGUAAUUAUGUGUACUAUAGAUCAAGUCUUUUAAUAACAGUGGGGGAAGCUAUGAAAUGUUUUAUUAGAAUUUCAGUACAGUGAUUGUGAGAAAUUACUUUCCUGGUAACCCUAGCGAUGUAAAGGGGCACCUGCCACCAUCCUGAAAAGUUCUCACAUGAUAUCUCUCUCUCUCUCUCUCUCUCUCUCUCUCUCUCUCUCUCUCAUAGACACACACACAAGCACCAGUUCAUAGAGUUCCCUAGGAGGCACAAUCAAGUGUUCUCAGUGUAACUUCAACUAUUUAGGAUAAAACAGCAAAAAUUGAUGUUUGACCCUUAAAUUCCGUUAAGUCGUGCAGGACAGUACCUCGUGUCUGGCUAUGCUUUACUUCAGCGCUUGCUCUGUGUUACCUCACUGUCUCCUCACGGCAGCGCUGGAAGGUGGAAACGUAGCUACAGUCCUCUGCUGAUGGUGAUUUGAGAGCGAGGCGAGGUCAGCGACUCGCCUGAGGUCCUCAGCCCUGCAGGGCAGUGUGGCAGAUGUAGCAGAGACAUGAACAAGUCCUGAGGUUACAUUCUGUUCCUCCUGGUGCCUGUGGGGUGCCCUGGGUCGGCAAGAGGUGCUCUUUCUACUUAUCAGAGUUGGCAACUGGCAUAUGUGAACUGAGUGAUGAGCAAUAUUGAGUUCUUUAUGCCAACAAGACAGAGCACCUAGAUAGAGCCAGAGCCCAGUUGUUUUCUCUUUGUCCUAGUUACCUGCUAUCACUAGGUUUGACUUUGUCAUGAAUCAGUGCUCUCGUGGAGGGUGCAACGCUCUGUGAUUAGGUCAUUAAUUUGCAGGCUGUCUCAGCCUGAUGGAAAGCAGGGAACGCCUCGCAAAAGUGAAGAGGAAGGUCCCUCUCAACACACACCCUUCUGUUAGAGCCACCAGGUGAGCUGUGCAGUCUGUAGAGAACCCGCAGCUGCAGGCCAAGCCCCUGGGUGCUUCUGAGGGCUGUCCCUGGCCAGAUCAUAUACAAGUCAGGGCGGGUUGGAACCUUACAGUGUGUGCAUGCUGUUCAUUACUUUGCAGCUAGGAGGUGCUGUGUGCAUGUGUGUCAGAGAGGCUGUGUAUUGGUGGGGCCUCUGUUCAUGGAUAAGUGCAUUGUCAUGUCUUCUCAGGCUGUGCUGUGAGGGCCGCCUUAACCCCUGCUCCCUUCCCUCCUGGAGCUGCCUUAAGUUCUCUGAAACAUUUCCUCUGUAAGGGGAUAUCUAGCCUGGAGAAAACAUCAAGCCCUGUUUCUCAAGGUUUUGUGAGGGUUUUGGUUGUGUGUGGCCUCCAACCCGUAAUUCCUUUCCCAUGUCUGCAUGCUCCUCCCCUACUUAUUCUUCCUUUCUUUUCUGCUACUUCCAAACGGGUAUUGGCAGUCAACAAUCUCAGAGCCAGUGAGCGGUGGGCUCAGAAAGUGCUCCUGAGUUUGGGGGCCUCUGUCACAAGUAAGCAGAUGAACAUAUGGAAGAAAUAUAGAGAUAAGUUAGAUUCUCAGUAAUAUUUAAAUGGCUUGUUUUCCACUGACCUUUUCUUAAUAAAGGUUAAGAGUACAUUGUAAACUGUAAAACGUUUCAUGGACAGUUUUCAAAAAUAAUUUUUAAGAACCUGGUACUAUAAAAGAUUGAAAACAAGAAAGAAUGCUAUAGAUUAUAAUCCAUUGUAUUGCCCUAAAUUAAAUCAACCUGGAGUCAGUGGGUUUUCAGUAGAUCAGGAACUGAAAAGUACUAUGUAGCGUAUCUGCCAAAAUGCAUUUUAUACAUUAUUUUAUAAUUUGGUCUACCUAAAAUGUUCAUUAGCUUAACUUAGUGGGUGUUAUUAGAGUAAUAAAUAUCUGAAAAUGACUAACUUUUUUUUAGUACUGUAAUAUUGCCUGAAAUAUUUGAAAGAAAAAUGUUUUUUUUGAGUUGAAACUGGAAUAUAUAAUUCAA